UGCCAAGAUUUGCAGUUUUAUUAUAAACAUGGUGUUUUAGAUGUACCAGCAUUCAAGAACAACAAUAGAUACAUUUAUUACGUUUAUUAAACAACAUUUUGUGCAGUGUUUCAUACAAGAAAUUCACAAAUGGAUAGCGCGGGUUCAAUAACUUCAUGUUCUGUGAACGUGGAGUGGCUGAAUAAACAGGGGACCAUACAAAGAAAACUUACACACAAAUCGGCCAGUUUGAGAUUAAUUCGAAGCGAUGCGAAAGAUAUGUAUGUGGAAAUCACAGCGGAAAAAGCUGCAGCUUUGAAACUACUACUCAAAGACAUUUCAGUGCAUAAGAAGUUCAUGAAUGAAGGCAAAGCUAGUAUUAAGUUUCAAAGUAUUAACUGUACUUUAUACAUGUCGAACGCGCCUACUGCACAACUAUUAGGUUUCCUGAAGACAAUUUUUAUCAAAAUGACUGGAUCUAGACCUGUUUCUUCCAACACUUCGCUUAGAACACAGUUGUUGUCAUCUAAACCUGCUCAGUAUACUGAAAUUAGUCCUAUUACCAAUCUAGAAGUAGAUAUAGCCAAGGCAAAGGCAUCCAAACAAACAGAUACAACUCCUUCCCCACUUGCAAGAAAAAGGAAAUUGUGCAGAGAAGAGGGAUCACGUGGUCCUGCAGCUAAAAAAUUGUAUGCACCAAGUCCAACCCUAGAUGAACCAUUGGAUAUGGAACAGAAAGAAGUAUUGGAAGCUUGCUUGAGUGGUCAAAAUAUCUUUUUCACUGGUAGUGCUGGCACUGGCAAGAGCUUUUUGCUUAAGAAAAUCAUAGGGGCACUUCCACCAGAUGUUACAUCAGCAACUGCAUCAACAGGUGUUGCUGCCUGUCACAUAGGCGGUAUAACUCUGCAUCAAUUUGCUGGAAUUGGAGGCGGUGACGCAUCCUUGGAGCGUUGUAAAGAACUGGCAUCUAGGGCGCCCGCCGUAACGCAAUGGCGGAAAUGCAAGCAUCUAAUCAUCGACGAAAUAUCGAUGGUGGAUGGCGUAUACUUUGAGAAAAUCGAAGAGGUAGCCAGACAUAUCCGGAAGAAUGACAAACCUUUUGGUGGUAUCCAACUCAUCCUGUGUGGGGACUUCUUACAACUACCUCCAGUCUCCAAGCCCGCACCAGGAGCGAAAAAAGCAGUUCCUCGGUUUUGCUUCCAAACAAAGGCGUGGGAAAACUGCGGACUGAGGACGUACGAAUUGAAACAAGUCCACCGACAAAGCGACAACAAAUUCAUAUCGAUAUUGAACCGCAUAAGAAUGGGAAGCGUGGAUAAGAGUGUGACUGACGCUCUGGCGGCCACAUCCAGUCAAAAAAUCGAACGUGACGGUAUUCUGGCAACGCGACUUUGUUCCCACACGAAAGAUGCGGAUUUAAUUAACGAAUCGAAGUUGGCUGCUCUAGAGGGUGCCUCUAAAGUGUACGAAGCACAGGACAGCGUGCCGGGCGCGACUAAAACGUUAGACAUGCAAACGUCAGUGCCGAGUAAGCUGGAACUGAAAAUCGGGGCGCAAGUGAUGUUACUUAAAAACAUCAACGUGUCCAUAGGCUUAGUGAAUGGUGCAAGAGGCGUCGUGAAAGAUUACAAAGACGGACUUCCGGUCGUGAAAUUCCGGAACAAGCACGAAUACGUGGCCCAACACGAAAGAUGGUCGGUGAAAACGGCGAACGGUGGAACAAUACACCGGCGACAAGUGCCUUUGAAGUUGGCCUGGGCCUUUUCGAUACACAAGUCGCAAGGACUGACGUUGGACUGCGUCGAGAUGUCGCUGAGUAGGGUGUUCGAGGCGGGACAGGCGUAUGUUGCGUUGAGUAGGGCGCAGAGUCUGGAGACCCUGCGGGUUUUGGACUUCCGGCCUGAACAGGUCUGGGCGAAUCCCGAUGUUUUGAAGUUUUACAGAGAGAUGGAUCAAGUACGGAUCGUGCCUUUGAAACCUGCCAACAAACAGACAAAUUCGAAUGCGAAUAAGUUGAUAAGGAAAAUGGUCAAAUCGAAAUUGUUUGAUAAACCUUUAGUUAAUAUAUGCUGACUAAGGCAUUUUUUAAUAUAGCUGUUUCUUGAUUUUAAAUUAAUGAUAAUUUUAAAUUAACUCAAAGGUGAAGUUUAAUUAUAUAUUUAAUGAUGGGCUAGAUGGUUGAAUAAUAGAAAUAUUUGUGUUUAGUACAAAUUUGCAAUCGACCAUAAACCCAAAACCCUAUCUAACAAUCGAGAUGUCUCGACUCAACUCUCAUUACUAUAUAUAAAACCUUUUUAAUUUAUAUUUAUUUUCUAAUUUAAGUAUAGAAGAAAGAUAUUAUUUUGAUUAAUGUCUGAACAGUAGCAAUAUUAGACUUAUUUUUAAGUGAACGAUCGUCAUAAUAAAAUGAAUCUUUAUAAAUGAAUUGGAACGCUCUUUAUAUUUAUUUCGCGAGAAAGAACAUAUUUUAUACCUUUAGUCUUUAAAUUAUUUAUUAAAUAUUAUGCAUUUUAUUUAUAAAAAAUAAAAGUAUCUUUUUAAAAUUA